GUUUUCAUUCUUUUUUGGCUUGAUAUUCGCUUGACAGUCGUGUGAAGUUUUCCGUUUUCUUGACUUGAAAAUUGUUCUUUUGUGAAAAUUAAGCAUUUCCCAACUAAGAAAAUUGAAAAUGCUGCGCGCAACUCUACUGGCCACUCAAAAGGGUGGAAUCAAUCGCGCCCUGCUCGCUGGACGCCAGGUGAAGCCAUCUGAUUAUUCAACGCUGGUGCUGCUGCCCCUGAAGUGUUUCGACGGGCCCCAAUUCCGCGGCUGCGUGCCGGUCUAUCGCUUGUGCAGCGGAGGCGGAGGGGAUGGCGACAAGAACAAGAAGCCGCCGACUGGCUUUGCCAUGUCCAAUAUUGGUACCGAUUUUGAGGCUGCAACCCCACCAGGCGGGACAUCCAAGUUGGGCGAAACAUCGACUCUGACGGGCGUAAAUGUGAGCGUCGGCGACCUUCAGGGAAAAGACAACGACGAAAGCCGUCUUUCCCGCUUGAAAAAUAUGACCAAGAGUUAUGAAGGCCCUCAGGGAAAAGACAACGAGGAAGGCCGCCCUCAAGGAACACUCUACGAAAUGGUUGCAGCCCGCCAGAAGGGUAAACUCGAACCGUUCGGUAAAGAAUGUCGCGGCAAGGGCGAAUCCGCCACGCCGGAGAAAACAAUUGAGAAUAAAUCGGCUGCAAGUCGCGGCGUCGGAGUCGACGAGGCAACUGAGCGUAUAACCAAGCAAUUGGGAGAGCUAAUGGCCAAGUUGCCCACCAAGCAGCAGACGGAGAAGUUCUUCUUCCGCGUUGUAGCCUUUAUCUACGACCUCAGCUUCCUGGCUGGCACUUGGGCCAUCAGCUUUGUUGAGAAGAACAUCAUCGCAAACCCCACCGUGAAGGCCUACUGGAAGAAGUUCCACGAGAAGAUGGAACAGGCCAAGAAGGAAUAAACUAAGCCCCCAAGUGGAGGAGCAUUUGUAAUGAUGUAUAUGUACAUAUAAUUUGAUUACCAAAUAUACAUCAUUCUGAGAAUCUAG